AUGGCGAUCCCCUCAGAAAUGGAUUCUCUGCUUUCGUCCCAGACCGUGCUCGGUCUGGAUUUCAUUCCGAAAUUGCAGAACCUGACGCCCCUCUCCGUCGCCUCAACAAUUUUUGCUGCCGCCUCGCCCUUUGCCCUGUACCAUUAUUCCCAAGAGCCGACCUACGUUCGUUGGAGCCCGCUUCUGUGGGCCAAGCUGGUCGUUGCCACCUGUCUCGCUGGAAUUCAAGCUGCAAAUGCUCUGAGAAUGCCUGACAUUGUUUCAGUGAUGGGCGCGGCGUCCGCCUUUGUAAUCGUGGGUCUUACCUAUAUGGAACAUAGGCGCUCUGUUCGCCCGUCUUUGUUAUUCACUUUGGGGCUGGUUGUCAAUCUCCUCAAUGAUGUUGAGAGCAAACAAGUCUCGCCAUUUGUUCCUGAACCAUGCUGGAGGAAUCACCUUCCCGGCGCAGCAGUCGCGUUGAAGUUGGUCAUGAUCGAGCUGCAGGAUAGGUCAAAAAGACAGCUUCUUGCAGAUGACGACAUGCCACCCAGCACUGCUCUUUCGACAACUGAAGAAAUGCUGGACUAUGCAACAAGUUCCGGGCCCGGCACGGCCUGGUGA